UGAGAACCAAACAGGGCCAUGCUAUCCAAAUGCGGCUAAGUCAGACCAUCAUGUCUUCCUCCGCUUUGCCUUUGCCACACAGAUGCUCGUUCACCACCACCACCUCAUUCGCCCAAUCCAACCGUACAUAUUCUUCAACACCUGUAAACAACAAAGCCCCAUUGGCUUCUCCCCACCUUGAUCAACAAUGCUCUUCCCAGGACUCCAUCAAACGCCAUUUCGACCACGGCUUCCCUCAAAAGGCAAAAACCAUUCGGUACCGUUUCAGCCAGCUCUGCAAAGAGGGCCAAAUACAUGUUGCCCGCCAACUGUUCGACUCAAUUCCUCAACCAACUACGGUUCUCUGGAACGCGAUUAUCAUUGGGUAUAUUUGCAACGACUUGCACCAUGAAGCCAUUGCUUUGUAUUCCAAAAUGAUGAAGAGUUCCAGUCAGCACCAGCCUGAUCCUUACACUUUCUCAUCUGUUCUGAAAGCUUGCGCCGAAACGAAAGAGCUCAGAAUAGGUAAAGCAGUUCAUUGUCAUAUUUUGAGGUCGGGUAUAUACGCUGGUAGGAUUGUGUAUAACUCUCUUUUGAAUGUGUAUGCCACUUGCCUGAGCAGUUUUGAUGCUUUAUAUAGCUGUGACUUGGUGAAAAGGGUGUUUAGUACUAUGCCUAAAAGAAAUGUGGUUGCUUGGAACACCAUCAUUUCUUGGUAUUUGAAAACAGAGAGACCUGUUGAAGGGCUAGUCCAUUUUGUGAUGAUGUUGAAAAUGGGUAUAAAACCGACUCCUGUUAGUUUUGUUAAUGUGUUUCCGGCCACUUCUAGAGUGAUGGAUGUUCAAAUUGCUCAUGUUCUUUAUGGCAUGGUUAUUAAAUUUGGGGAUGAGUAUGUUAAUGAUUUGUUUGUCGUGAGUUCAGCAAUAUAUAUGUAUGCUGAGCUCGGUUGCCUUGCUGAUGCUAGGAGGAUUUUUGACCAUUGCUUGGAGAGGAAUAUAGAGAUUUGGAACUCUCUCAUUGGUGGAUGUGUUCAGAAUAAUUGUGCCAUUGAAGCACUUCAUCUUUUUCUCGAAGCACUAGAGGCACAAGAUGAUGUUGGAGUUGAUGAUGUGACUUUUCUUUCAGCGUUAACUGCAACAUCACAAUUGCAGAGUCUAGGUUUUGCUCAGCAGCUACACGCAUCCUUGAUUAAGAAUUCAUUGGUAUCACAUGCUAUCCUUCAAAAUGCCAUUGUGUCCACGUAUUCGAAGUGCAAUAGCAUUAGUGAAUCAUUUCGAGUUUUUAAUGGAAUGCAAGAAAGAGAUAUUGUUUCUUGGAAUACAAUGGUUUCUGCACUAGUACAGAAUGGAAUGGAUGUUGAGGGAUUGAUGCUUGUGCACGAGAUGCAAUCUCAAAAAUUUAUGAUUGAUGGUGUAACUAUCGCUGCUGUACUUUCUGCAGCAUCAAAUUUAAGAAAUCUGGAUAUUGGAAAACAGACCCAUGCUUACUUGAUCAGGCAUAGAAUUCAAUUUGAAGGGAUGAAUACUUAUGUAAUAGAUAUGUAUGCUAAAUCUGGUAUGAUGAAAGCUGCACAAGCAGUGUUCAAUAUGAACUGCUCAAAGGAUAGAGACCCAGCCAUGUGGAAUGCUAUGAUUUCAGCAAAUACCCAUAAUGGGUUAAUUGAGAAAUCUUUUGCUGUCCUUAGGCAGAUGCUUGAGCUGGAUCUCACUCCAACUGCUGUCACAUUGGCAUCAAUUCUCCCUGCAUGCAGUCAGUCGGGAAGUUUAGCUCUGGGUAAGGCAAUCCAUGGUUUUGCUAUUCGCAACUUUCUGGAUGAUAAUGUCUUUGUGGGCUCUGCCCUGGUGGACAUGUACUCAAAAUCAGGUGCAAUCCACUAUGCAGAAAGUGUUUUUGAAAAGUCACCCAAUAAAAAUUCUAUUACUUAUACUAACAUGAUAGUGGGUUAUGGCCAACAUGGGAUGGGUGACAAAGCUAUCUUGCUUUUUAAUGCCUGGAGGGGAAGUGGAUUCCAACCUGACGGAGUUCCCUUCCUAGCGGCCUUGUCUGCAUGCAGUUAUUCAGGAUUGAUUACUGAAGGUCUUCAAAUUUUUGAGUCAAUGAGAGAUCAUGAGGUGCAGCCCUCUCUGGAGCACUAUGCUUGUGUGGUGGACAUGUUAGGACGAGUUGGUAGAGUGGUUGAAGCAUACAUGUUUGCUGAUGAAAUAGAUGAGGAGUGUAAUGUUCUAGGAAUCUGGGGUUCACUUCUUGCUGCUUGUCGAAUACAUAAAAAUUUUGAAUUGGGAAAAGUUGUUGCUGACAAGUUGCUUGCCUUGGCCGGAGGAGAUAAGACGACAGGUUACCAUGUGCUACUUUCAAAUAUUUAUGCAGCCGAAGGAAACUGGGAAUAUGUAAAUAGGGUGAGAAGAGGAAUGAGGGAAAAAGGUCUGACAAAAGAGGUAGGGUGCAGUUGGAUUAACAUUUCUGGUGUAGCACACUGUUUUGCAUCUAAAGAUGAAGCCCAUCCUGUCUGCUGUGAGAUAUAUGAAAUGUUGGGGUAUUUGAGCACCAAUAUGAAGGAUGCUGGUUAUAGUGCUUCUUUGAGAUGGCAAGAAGUUUGGGUCUCAGAAUUUGGGGAGUGAAUAUUUAUACUGUAUUCAAUGCAACAGGAUCCCAUAAUUGGAAGAAAAUUCAUGUGAUUAUGCAGUCACCUGUUUGGGUUGGGCAGCAUAAGGUAUUGCCAAAUAAGGUUUUUCAGAAUUUGUGGUUUUCUCUGCAGAAAGGUAUGCUGAUACUUUUUUGACAUUUAUUAACAUCAAUCAGAUAGACAAAGAGACUCGGAACGUAUUGGCUACAUUUUAGUCGUCCUCCAUUUGCACGUGAUUCUCACGUGUUUGUUGGUUAACAAUUAACAAUUGGAAGAAAGAGUUCUGAGGGUGAUUUUUUAAUGCGGGGCUCGAUGGACAUCGGCAGCUUACCCACUUCGCCAGGCAACUUCACACGUUUCUACCCACUCCCUCAGUGCUUUUCCUUUCUUCAUUUUUUCAUUCAUCUCCCUCUCCUCUUCAUCCUUCUUCUUCCUCUUUUAUUUUGUUUUCUUAAUUUUUUUGGUCAAAAUUGCCUUCUUUCGUUUACCCUUUCUGCUGUAUGUAGAAGUAUGUGAUAAACGAGGACAAAGCUGAGAUUCUUCUAAGCUUUUAGGUGGUAUUCUUCUCUCUCCUCCAAACCCCAAAGUUCCGCCAUCUGUUUCUUGCUUGGUAUCAGGAACAAUGGUUCAAUGUAUAUCAAAAGUAGACCUUGUUCUACCCGCUCCCUCUCUUUGGUUUGUCUCUUGGAUAUCUCCUUCGUUGUCGACCACGUGUUCUUGAUUUCCCAAGGGAAGAGAGUCAAAUACAAAUUUCUAGAUCUCCUGCCAAUCAAAUGUGCAAAUGGUCCCUUCCUGAAUAGAAGUGCCAAAUUAUUGAAGAACUUGAGCAAAGGAUUGUAAUGAUGGAAACUUCAUUAAGCAGGUUUGGAAUGAUCUUGGAUUCUGUUCAGAGUGACAUCAACCAAGUCGAUAAAGAAACAAAAGAAUUAGUGUUUGAGGAUAAGUAUUCAAUUCUACUACUACCAUUUUGUUUUUCUGUAUUUUGUGCGGACCAGAUCCAUCGAGCUUUGCAUGUCCGUUAACUUUCAUUUUUUAUGACUUUUAUUACCUGUUGAUGACUAUAAACAUUCAGAAGCCCAAACUUCUUCACUCUUCAGGCACUUAAUUCAAUCAAUUACCGGAAAAAAAGGAACACUACAGAAUUUUCUUGAAGGUAGUAAAGAGUUCAGAGCUUCAUAGUCGCAGUAUAUCAGAUGAAUUUCAAGUCUUGGGCUCUUUAAUUUGCUUAAGGACAGUUUGCCUAACGCAGAUUUUUUUCCCCUGCAGUUGGGUCCUUUUUUUACCAUAGAAGUUUUGUCUCCUAUUUCACCAACUAGCUACUACCAUUGGAAGUCCUCCUGUGAUCGCUGUGCACUGAACUUGUAGGAUAUUCAUGGUUUCUGAAUACUCUUUAUGUGAUAUCCAUGAUGCUGUUGUACGAGGAUGUGCAUUUAUACUACGUUGGGACAUCGUCUGCCAUGCAAAUGAAUGUUCUUUUGUGAGCCAUCCUUUACCAUCCAACAGGAAGAGUUUACAAGUAAUAGAUAGCUAAUGAUUUACGAGUAGCAGAAAUUUGAAGUAAACAUGAUGAAUGCUUGAUGGUCGUUUGUGUGGAACUAAAUGCAUUAUCACUCUCAGUUUUUGUUGAAAAAAAAAUUUAUUUUAUUUUUUUGUAUAAAUGGAUCAAUGUCCUUCA